AUGCGUGAGGUCAUUAGCAUCAACGUCGGCCAGGCUGGUUGCCAAAUUGCCAACUCCUGCUGGGAGCUUUACUGCCUCGAGCAUGGUAUCCAGCCCGAUGGUUACCUCACUGAGGAGCGGAAGCAGCAGGAUCCCGAUCAAGGAUUUAGCACCUUCUUUUCCGAAACUGGCCAGGGAAAAUACGUCCCUCGCGCUAUCUACUGUGAUUUGGAGCCCAAUGUCGUCGAUGAGGUCCGCACCGGCCCCUACCGCAACCUCUUCCACCCUGAGAUGAUGAUCACUGGCAAGGAGGAUGCCUCAAACAACUACGCCCGUGGUCACUACACUGUCGGAAAGGAGCUCAUCGAUGGUGUCCUCGACAAGAUUCGACGUGUCGCCGAUAACUGUGUUGGUCUCCAGGGCUUCCUCGUCUUCCACUCUUUCGGUGGUGGUACCGGUUCUGGUUUCGGUGCUCUCCUGAUGGAGCGUCUCUCCGUCGACUACGGCAAGAAGAGCAAGCUGGAAUUCUGUGUUUAUCCCGCUCCUCAGACUGCCACCUCCGUCGUUGAGCCAUACAACUCUAUUCUCACCACACACACCACCCUGGAGCACUCCGACUGCUCCUUCAUGGUCGACAACGAGGCCAUUUACGAUAUCUGCCGCCGAAACCUCGGCCUUGAGCGCCCCAACUACGAGAACCUCAACCGCCUGAUUGCUCAGGUUGUCUCUUCCAUCACCGCCUCUCUCCGAUUCGACGGCUCCCUCAACGUCGAUCUGAACGAGUUCCAGACCAACCUGGUCCCUUACCCCCGAAUCCACUUCCCUCUGGUUGCCUACUCUCCCGUUAUCUCGGCCGCCAAGGCCGCCCACGAGGCCAACUCCGUCCAGGAGAUGACUAUGUCUUGCUUCGAGCCCAACAACCAGAUGGUCAAGUGUGACCCCCGCCACGGCAAGUACAUGGCCACCUGUCUGCUGUACCGUGGUGACGUCGUCCCCAACGACGCUCACGCCGCCGUUGCCACCCUUAAGACCAAGCGAACUAUCCAGUUCGUCGACUGGUGCCCUACUGGCUUCAAGCUUGGUAUCUGCUACCAAGCCCCCGAGAACGUGCCUAACGGCGACCUCGCCAAGGUCAGCCGCGCUGUCUGCAUGCUUUCCAACACCACCGCCAUCGCCGAGGCCUGGUCUUCCCUCUCACUCAAGUUCGAUCUUAUGCACUCCAAGCGUGCCUUCGUUCACUGGUAUGUUGGUGAGGGUAUGGAGGAAGGUGAAUUCUCUGAGGCUCGUGAGGAUCUCGCUGCCCUGGAGCGCGAUUACGAGGAGGUUGCUACCGACUCCAUGGGCGACGAGGAGCUUGAGGCUGAGUACUAA